UUUAAGUUAUGCAAUUUGAUUGUCUUGCAGGUAUUGGUGGUUGAGGAUUCAGGCUAUGGCUGAUCUGAAAAAAUGGGAGGAGCUCGACAAGUUCUCUAAGUUUAAGAAGUCACCGAUCGGGUACGCCCCUUUCGUUGACGUUUGCUUAGCCAAAGGAAAACAUGAUGAAGCGGUUAAGUAUUUACCGCGCAUCGCGGACGACAUUAAAUUCAAAUAUUACGUUAAGGCCAACGAGUUGGAUGAUGCGGCGCAAAUAGCGUUCGAGCAACGCGAUAUGCAGGGGCUGCUGCUCGUGCAGUCCAAAUGUCCGCCUCAAUCCGAAUUGAGCGAGAAGAUCAACAGUCUCUGCGUGCAAUUGCGUUCGCGCAAAUAAAUCGAAUCCGUACUUUCUAUAUA